ACGGUUGGCUGUGGUCCUAGUGACGGACAGGUGAGGCGACCAAUCAGAGCUCAGCAUGGAUGACAGUGAUUGGACGGUAUUGGACACGCCUACAGACGGGCGGAAGUGCUGAACAGGAGCUGGAGAGUGAAAGGAGAGUCUCCAGCACCAAUGAGGAUGAUCGAGAGCCUGGAUUCGGCCGACAUGGUGUCCAGCAGUGACAUGUGGGCGGAGAUUUGCCCCAGCGCCCCGGAUGUCCUGGAUGAGAACCCCUCGGACUGCUUCACCGAUUCCUUCCUGUGUCCUCAUCCUAGUGAGAUCCCCCAGAACGGAGCCGCCUCCUACUCCCCAAAACCCUGGGCCCCAUUACAAGACUCAGAAAUGUACUUAGCAACAUUAGAACGCAAGUUACAGAAAAUUAAAGGUCAGACGUGUGAGGUGACGUCCAAGGAUAUGUUACUCUCUCUGGGGAAAGCCAAAAAAGAAUGCUGGGACCGAUUCCUGCAGGAAUCCUCUGAGACCGAAGCUUACAUCGAUACCGGUGACCUUGACAAUAGCACGCUAGAACACUUGAAGAGGUGGCUGCAGCCGGAGAAAGUGGCGAUCAACGCGGAAGAAGUACAAUACCUAAUACCCGGCGAAUCUCCGCCAGUAAGUGGCGACAGCGAGCAGGACUCGUCUUCUGUGGAGCAGUGAGGUCCUCUGUGCUGCUGUGGAACCUACGGUCCGUAUAUACAAAUAGUUACAAUGUAUAUUUUACCUUCAUCCUGGACAACAUAAUUAACUAAAAUGACAUAAUUUAAUGUAAUAAAACUUUGAUAUUCUGACUUUUUUACACUUUAUUUGUAUUACGUUUUUAGUAUUAUAUAUGUUUAAAAGGAAUUCGCUAUGUUUGCUGCUAUAUUUGCCUCCAGUUCUUGCAAAACUACAACUCCCAGCAUGCGCUCCCCCUCCCCGCAUACAUUUAUUCUGCAGGGGGACACUUGCCCGACCCUUUUCUCCUCUGACAUCCAGAGUCAACAGAGAGUCGAGAGGUCAUCGUACACAUAGAUCAGUGUUUCCCAACUGGUGUGUCUCCAGCUGUUGAUAAACUACAACUCCCAGCAUACGCUCCCCCUCCCCACAUACACUAGCACAUUUAUUCUGCAGGGGGACACUUGCCCGACCCUUCUCUUCUCUGACAUCCAGAGUCAACAGAGAGUCGAGAGGCCAUCAUACACAUAGUUCAGUGUUUCCCAACCGGUGUGUCUCCAGCUGCUGAAAAACUACAACUCCCAGCAUGCACUCUCCAUCCCCGCAUAUACUAGCACAUUUAUUCUGCAGGAGGACACUUGCCCGACCCUUCUCUUCUCUGACAUCCAGAGUCAACAGAGAGUCGAGAGGUCAUUGUACACAUAAAUCAGUGUUUCACAACCGGUGUGUCUCCAGCUGCUGAAAAACUACAACUCCCAGCAUGCACUCUCCAUCCCAGCAUAUACUAGCACAUUUAUUCUGCAGGGGGACACUUGCCCGACCCUUCUCUCCUCUGACAUCCAGAGCCAACAGAGAGUCGAGAGGCCAUCGUACACAUAGAUCAGUUUUUUUUGAAACAGUGUUCCUCCAGCUGUUGCAAAACUACAACUCCCAGCAUGCCUGGUUAGCCUGUUGAGGUGAUGGCAGUUGCCAAACUUCUUCCUAUUUCUUAGCCUAGUGUCAAGGAGGUGGGGCCAAGCUGUUUAAGUGCCUCAUCUCUCAGCUCCUCCUAGACGGAUUUACUCAGGGAGGGCCUCGGAGGCAAGGGCAAGUGAGGAGGCGUGCCAGGCUGUGGCACAUGAGUGAAUGGAGCCAAGUUGUAAUACCAUACACAACCUGGAUGUGGUGCAGUUUUUGGAAGAAAUUCGCUCAGUUUUUUUUCCUGACUAACCCCUUUAAAAAAAAAAAAAAAGUUUAAUGCCAUUUAUUUUGCUUUCCUAUAGGCGAUUAUUUUUCCAAUACACAUCACAUACAAAAACCAA